AUGCCGUGGGUUUGUGUUAAAUAUACGAGACAGUGUUCAACUCACUGCAUUAAAAGAGCAUAUGUUAUACCGUCAUCUUAUUUGGAAGUGAAAAAAGAUCAUUACAAUUCGAAAAAGGAGUACAAAGUGAGAUGCGUUAAAGAUGAAAAAAAGUGGUGCUAUGCAAUCAUUGGACGCAUAGACCCAGGGAGUGAUUUAAAAGCAAAAAACCGACUGAUGAAUAAAAGGAUAUCUUUUCCGCCUGUGAGUGACGUCAAGAAAUAUAAUAGCGACAACAGCUCAUCAGAGGAGGAAAUUGAUACUGAUGAUGUUAGUAUUCAAUGA